AUGUCGAAUAAAAAAUAUAUUGAAUGGUUAGAAAAAUCUAUUGCUAAUAAAUAUGUCAACCAUUUUGAAUACUCUGAAUUUCAAGAUUUUCGACUAAUAGGAAAUGGUGCAUUUGGAGAAGUUAUGCACGCUUAUUGGAAAAAUCAGGGCUGCGAU